AUGAUGUUCUUCCCGCACCAAAUUGUGACCAUCAUUGGUGUCUUUUUCCUUGGAACACAGGCUCUAACGACACUGGCUAAGUGCAAUGCUGACAACUGCUAUCGAGCUCUCUUCCCCUGCCCAACUCCGUCCGCGGUCUCUUCUGCUUCUGAGUUCUGCGCGACCAUCACUGCAAAUGGCGCCACGGCCACCAACUUCCCUUUUCGCGCAACGGCGGCAUGCGGGACCGCUCCGGCACGGUACAUCUCCGCCUGCGGAUGCGGCCCCACGUGCCCGAUCCCGACUCCGAGUCCGACCCCAUGCACGUCUGACCGCAGUCUCUUGACUAAUAGCGACUUCGAAAAUGGCCUCUCGAGCUGGACUGUCGAAGUUUUCGACACAAAAGCCAAAGCCGGCAUCACUUCCCAGGCCGCGAAUUGCGGCUUAAAGUCCUUUGAGGCAACCCUGUUGAGCGAUAGGCCGGGCCAGGAUCCCGUUACUAGUGUUAGAUUGAACAGCUCAGCAAUUUCGGUCCAGAGGAAUGUGCCUUGCAGAUUGAACUUCGCAGUUUGGUUCGAUAACAUGGAUGCUGGCUUUGUUGGUGUCAGGAUCAAUGGUGAACCCAGAAGAACCGUGGAUGCGAGGGACAGUCCCGGUUGGGGCGUGUGGAAGACGGUAUCGGUGGACUACACGCCUGAUGCGGACAAGGUAGCAGAGGAGAAUGAGAAGCAUCAUGACACUACCUCGCCGACCAGCCCAGCCAGCAGCCCUCGAACGAGUGAUGAGGUAGAGUUCAAGGAGGGCGGCUACGGAUGGGUCGUCGUCGCUUGUGUCUUUCUCAUCAACGCUCACACUUGGGGCUUGAACUCGUCGUAUGCCGUCUUUCUCGCCUAUUACCUCAACUCGGGGGCGUUCCCCGGCGCAAACCCCAUCACUCUGGCCUUCGUCGGCGGGCUCUCUUUCUCCGUCGCCCUCCUGGUCGCCCCGAUCGUCACCUGGUUCAUCCCCCGCAUCGGGACGAGACCAACUGUCGCCAUCGGCGUUACCGUUCAAUCUGCCGCCCUCAUUGGCGCUUCCUUCACGACGCAAAUAUGGCAUCUCCUCUUGUCUCAGGGCAUCGGCUUCGGCGUCGGCAUGGGAUUCACCUUCAACGCCACCGUUGGCGUGAUCCCUCAAUGGUUCGUCGUACGUCGCUCCUUCGCCUCAGCGAUUGGUAGUGCCGGGUCCGGCCUGGGAGGUCUGAUCUACUCCCUUGCAUCGACGGCCAUGAUUCACAACAUCGGCCUGCCGUGGGCGUUCCGCAUCCUCGCCAUUCUGUCUUUCGUGGUCAACGGCAUAUGCUGCGUUCUCAUGCGGGACCGCAAUAAGGCUCUCGGCAGCGUCCACCUCGCCUUUCAUAAAGACCUGUUCCAGAGGACCGAGUUCUGGCUCUUCAUGUCAUGGGGCUUCUUCUCGCUAUUCGCAUACGUCAUUGUCGUUUUCUCCUUGGCGGACUUUGCUGAGACGGUCGGGUUCAGCGCUAGCCAGGGUUCGAUUGCUUCUGCGAUGUUUCAACUGUCCCAGGGUAUCGGGCGACCCAUCAUCGGCCUCAUCAGCGAUCGCGUCGGGCGCAUCAAUGUUGCUGGACUCGGCACCCUCGUGGCUGGGCUUGCGACUUUCUUCGUUUGGAUCUUUGCCGGGAAGUAUUUUGCGGGUACCAUCGUCUACGCUCUGUUUGGAGCAUUCGCUGGCUGCAUCUGGGCUACAGUCACACCCGUCGGCGCCGAAGUGGUUGGAAUCCAGCUUCUUCCUUCAGCCCUAUCUAUCUUUUGGAUGGUCCUCGUUCUUCCAGCGACCUUCGCAGAGCCAAUCGCUUUAAGCAUCAAAGGCUCAGGCAUCGAUGCCUAUCUUAACGUGGAGAUUUUCGUAGGCUUCAUGUAUAUCGCAGCUUUCGCAUCACUCUGGUCCCUUCGCAUUUGGAAAGUUCGCGAACUAGAAUCCAUCGACUUGCCGGAAAAUGAACGAGCUGAAGCGUUGCGAAACAAUGAUGCCGCGUCUUUGGCAGCUUCGCGAAGAACGAAGCCUGAGCGUGGUCUCGCCAGCUCUAUCUUGAAGGGAGCGCUGACAGUUCAGCGUGUCUGA